AUGCUCCUCAGCAGGCCGUCUGAGCAUGUGCUCGAGGCCAGCGAGAUGGAGGUUGAGGUUCACAACCUAGACAAGCAAACAGAAGCUGGCCGGCUUUUGGGAGUUUUGGAGUUCAUGGGAGUUGGAGACAGAUCAGCGUUUUCCUGGGGCUCCUAUGGCUUGGACAGUGAGAUGGCAGACGCAGAACCAAAGCUCAGCGAGGAGGACAAGCGCCGCGCUUUGUAUGAGAAGGACAUCGACCUUGAGGAUAUCCUAAGCGCAGAGCACCUUCAAAUCGCCAAGACAAGCGAGGGCAAGAGACGGUGGUCAUGCUCACCAACCCCGAUGAAAGCUCUCUCCGCACAUGUGGCUGCUGCUACUGUUAUUUGCAUAUUCCAACCGAUGGCAGCCCAUAGAGCGCAACUUGACACCCACCAGACACCAAGAGCCAUUCUUCUUCUGAAUGAUUGUUUUUACAACACCCACCAACUUCCCAUACUAAGAAGAAAGUUGUAA